UACCAUAGGGAGGCAUUUCUGUCUCUUUAAAAGCACACACAUCCUUCACUGGCCCCACCCCACUGGACUUCCUGGCUCAGACACCUCAGAAGGUGUUGUUUUUCCAGUCAGCCCAAGAAAGUCUAUGGAAGGAAAUUGACAAGCUGUUCCAGAAAAGGUUCUGUGGAUACCUGAACACAACAGCCUCCUCCACUCUCAUGGCUGGCUAUCAGGACAAUGACACCCUGAGAAUUCUUCUCGUUGGGAAAACCGGCAGUGGGAAAAGUGCCACAGGGAACACCAUCCUUGGGGAAAGAGUAUUUGAUUCUAGAAGCACUUCCUUCUCUGUCACCAAGACCUGCCAGAAAGGAUCCCGGAAAUGGCAAGGGAAGGAACUCCUGGUGGUGGACACCCCAGGGCUCUUUGACACUGAGGACAAGUUCGAAUCCACCUGCAGGGAGAUCAGCAGGUGUGUCCUCUAUUCUAGCCCCGGGCCUCACGCCAUCCUCAUGGUCAUGCAGCUGAACCGCUACACGGAGGAGGAGCAGAAAACCACGGAGUUGAUCAAGACCGUGUUUGGCCAGUCAGUUAUGAAUCACACGGUCAUCCUGUUCACUCACAAAGAGGAUUUGGAAGAUACGGACCUUUGGGACUUCAUCCAAGAGGCAGAUGUAAGUCUGAAAAGCCUCAUCAAGGAAUGUGACAACCGCGUCUGUGCCUUUAGCAACAAGGCAGACAGGCCGGAGAAGGAAGUUCAGGUGCAGGAGCUGGUGCAGCUGAUAGAGGUGAUGUUGUGUUAUAACGGAGGGGCCUACUUUUCCAAUGCCUUGUACAAGCACAUCGAGGAAAGGAAGAAGCAGUGGGUAGAAACACAGGAGAAAAUCUACGAUGACCAAUUUAUGGAGGAAUUUAAACAAGCAGAGAAAGAAUGUGCCGUGAGACUCCAGAAAGAAAAGGAGGAAGUAAUUGCAAGUAAAAAGGUUUAUUAUGACAAUCUAAAGAAAAGUCUGAGGGAGCAAGCUGAACACGGAGUUCUGGAAGACAUGUUCAAUAUGAUUAAGAAUCUGCUUUCAGAAAUAUGGAAUGUUUUUUCAAAAUAAAGUAUUUAGAAUUU